AUGAAGAUAUGUGUUGAGAGGCAACUGGAAAGACGAUAUAUUAGUACAUCCGAAGUCAAGCGCCCGGAUGUGGCCACCCCAGGUGGCCUGGUGCAAUCACCGGUAGUAUUAAGAAGGGCUCAGAAGCAAACAUCUUCAGCCUCAAGUAAGGUCAUUGAGCGCAGCAAAGAAUGGGAUACAGACUCCUCCUUGAUACGCAACCCUUGGGCCAUAGCUCUAGCAAGUCCUCCACGGCUGUGCCAUGCAACCAUGUCCCGACUUCCCACAGAGCUUAUGAUAGAUUUCGGCCUAGUUCAGCACCCUGAGACAUCAGCUUUGUGGUUACUUCCUACGUCGCUGCUAGAGAAUGAGCUGAAUGAAAUGGAGAUUGAUCCAAACUCCAAAGUCACUGCUGAUGACAAUAACACUCCAGCAGUUGGUGAGAUCCGCAUGGACGACAGCACUGCGAAAAUGCGCAAACGAAGAGCAGCAUUCCCAUCCGUCAGAGUUACGAAUAGUGGAACACUCUUUGACAUGUUGUCAAACCCAAAGUUCUCGAAUAUUAGCAAAGGGCUGAUUCCUCCUUCAUGGAAAUUGCCGCAGGGGCCACUCACUAAAAGCUCUAUGCAAACGCUAGUCUGGAGAGGAGAUAUGUCCGAUUAUGCUCUCAAGGCAAUGCGAAAGGAGAUAUUGAGGCGCCUCAAGAAAAUACUACAUGUUACGCCGAAAAUAGAAAAACAGCGAAGGCGAGAUACAUGGACGCCUCUGAGUAUUGCAGGACAUCCCAUCACUCAGAGUAACUUGGAAAGCUCGCUGAAACAACUGCCGGAAUUGAGAGAUAUACGGAGUGGAAUGGUGUUAGUUCUUCGUAGCAGUCAUCAUUCCACUGAAGUAAACAGUAAUCCCGAUUGCAAUGCCACCUCUUCAACGGGCCCCGAAAACACUACCUUUGACUUGGCUGAGCUUCCGGUGCACGAGUCACAGGUUCCGGUUUUCGAUCUUACGAAAAUGUUAUCCGAAGGUGAACUUCAAGAAAUUCGUCAACUUGGGAAAGUAUUUCAGGGAGACGCUCUAUAUUUUAUACCUGCAUCGAGGAAGUCCGCUUUAUUUGCCUUAGACCUCUGGCGUUUAAAGUCGUUCCUUAUGGAACGCAACGAGGAAGGAUCGUCUUUCCACCGUUGA